AUGUCGCAUUAUAGACAGCAAUCCAGAGGAGCCAUUGAGUUAUCCAUCUUAUCGGAAUACUACCAAAAGGAAAUCGCUGCAUAUCAUACCGAUAACGUGAGAUGUUAUGUUUAUGGAGAGGAUCAAAAAUACACUGAAAUGGUUUUGCUAAUUUACGAUGGUCGCCAUUAUGAUGCAUUAGCUAUAUCCCCGGCUUAUGGAGUCUCGGAGGAGUUCGACCAGACAGUAUUUCCCGUACAAGAAGAUAAGAGCAUCGGGCGUGUUCACGAGCUUGCUCUUGACCUCGUCAACGAAGAAGCAAGGAACGAUGGAGAUAUUGGAAAUUGCUCUGUUGAUAUCAUAUUUACAUGUGUUGUAUGCGGGAUUGAACUUAUCGGACAAAAGGAAUCUAUGCAACAUGCUGAAGCUAUUAAUCAUCUUGAAUUUGUUGAGAAAUUAUAG